UAGCCCGAGCCACCAUUUUGAUUCUAGGGUUUCUUUCGCUCCGGAGCAAGACAGAAGCAGAAGUGAUUUAGAGAAGCAGCCGAGCUUAGAAACUCUGCAACCAUGGGUCGUAUGCACAGCCGAGGUAAGGGUAUCUCUGCAUCUGCUUUGCCCUACAAGAGGACUCCACCUAGUUGGUUGAAGAUCUCUUCACAAGAUGUCGAGGAGAACAUUUGCAAGUUUGCAAAGAAGGGUUUGACCCCAUCUCAAAUUGGUGUCAUUCUCCGAGAUUCUCAUGGGAUUGCUCAGGUGAAGAGUGUUACAGGCAGCAAGAUUUUGCGGAUACUGAAAGCCCAUGGUCUUGCUCCUGAAAUUCCCGAGGAUCUGUACCACCUGAUUAAGAAAGCCGUUGCCAUCAGAAAGCAUCUUGAGAGGAACCGGAAAGACAAGGAUUCCAAGUUUAGGUUGAUCUUGGUUGAGAGCAGGAUCCACCGCCUUGCCCGCUAUUACAAGAAGACAAAGAAGCUGCCACCUGUGUGGAAAUAUGAGUCUACCACUGCCAGCACUCUUGUGGCUUAGAGAAGGCACAUUUUGGAGGAGCUUCCUGCGCGUUUCACUUGACAUUCCUCUGGAUAUGCAGGAACUUUUGCUCUUACAUACAUUAAUGCUUUUAAAGAACUUGUUCACUUCGGAUUUCAAAUUGAGAUACUUAGAGGGGAAAUUAGUUUAUCAGAAUAAUUUUCAAUUUUAUUUUUUUAUUUGAAAUGUUUUGGUGUUUGGAAUCUUAUAUUUUAGUGGUUGUUACUUGGUUUUGUUUCUCUUGCA